GUGUGGUGUACACAUUUAGAGUGUAAGCGAGCGGGCGAAUUGCCGAACACUCCGUUUAACGAAAACGAUGUGAUCAUCGGUCGGGUGGUCGGUUAUACGAUGCUAUAUUAGCUGCAAAUAAAGCGAGGCAAGUCAGUCUCAGUUAGAACUUCAACAAGAGUGUUACCGUAUUAUCAAGAAGUGAAAGUUCCCCGAACAUCCGAAUUAAUCCCCCUGGGAAAACAUAAAAACUAGCGGCGAGCGAUAAAGUGUUUUUCCUUUCUCGGCCAAAAAGUGUAGUGAGUGGUGAAAAAGCAGCACGGUUGAUUAUUAUUGCAUGCCACGUUGGGAGUAACCGUUUGAGCGAGGAUUUCAGCGAAGCUCGUGUUCACGACGGAACGAGAAGAAAGGGAUCCAUCUUUUUUGGACCUGCCUUGGCAUAGCCGUAGAAAAAAACCCAAGUUCAGUGAUUUCUCGAUCCGGUUGAGCCUGGUGUGAUUGUCUUCAAUCGUGUGUAAAAGUGCCAUUGCUGUGCGGAUUGUUUCAGCUGCUCUGACCGGUGAAUUCCGACAUUACCGUGUCCGUUUCUGGGUAAUUCUUUUCCGCGACUCGUGAGGUUGCCAACGGGCAUUACCGCGAGGGUUACAGAAGUCGGCAAAAGCUGAGAGGAUUUCUGGUGAGUCUGCCAUUUUUUUUUUAUUUUUGUGGGACGUGAGUGCUUGGUUUAAAAUCACAAUAAUACAAUCACGCAUAAUACAAUCAAGGAAACCUUUGUUGUCUUUUCAAUAAUGGCACAAUCAAAUAUUACGACUACUUUAGAGCCCUAUCGGCGGGGCAGUUCAUUCGCCGACUGGGUCGACAGGCUUCGAUUCUUUUUCAAUAUGAACAAGGUUGCGGAGGAUGCUAAAAGAGACAUUUUCAUCACAUUGAGUGGACCGGUCAUUUUUAAAGAAUUAAGAUUGCUAUACCCCAAUACCGAUUUGGAAACAAUUUCAUAUGAGGAAAUGGUCAAAAAGUUGAAGGCGCGACUAGAUAAGACAGAGUCGGAUCUGGUGCAGCGCCUAAAAUUUAACAUUAGGGUUCAACAGCCGGAUGAGUCUCUGGAAGAUUUUGUACUUUCGAUUAAACUUCAAGCAGAGUUUUGCAAUUUCGAAACCUUUAAAGACAUGGCUAUACGAGAUCGUAUUGUGGCGGGAAUCCGCGACAAAGUACUUCAGCAAAGACUUUUGAAUGAGGAGAAGUUGACUCUGGCCAGCGCGGAAAAAAUGAUUGCAACGUGGGAGAUAGCUAGAAAUAACGCUAAAAAUAUGGAUUGUGCUGGAAAUAGCUGUUUGGAGCAUAUUUCAGCUUUGAAAAGUACGGGGGGAUCAUCUGGGGCACGAUUUAAGAAAUUGGCAGCCACUUUCGAUAUGGCGGCCAAAUCAAAUCAGAGCGAUGGUGGAAAUGGGCGCGACAGGGGUCCGGUGAAGAGCAGGCUAGGAUAUUCUCCAUAUCAGAAGGAGCAAUGGCGUAAUAAGCAACGGCAGGACGACGGCAGGACCGACCAAACAAAGCAGUGGCAAAACCGAGGGCAAAGCAGUGAAGAAAGAAACCGUCCCUGGAUUCGACCUGAUUAUUCGCAGAUGAUAUGUAACUUUUGUGGUGUAAAGGGCCACAUUAAACGAAAGUGCUUCAAGCUCAAAAACAUGCAGAGGGACGCAAUAAACAUGGUGGAAGCCAGCGGAUCAGGACAUAAGGAGCGAGACGACUAUAUGAGCGAUUUGGUCAACAGGAUGAGGACGGAGUCGGACAGCGAAAGUGAAGUAGAGGAUUCAAAUUGGAAGCGUGCCAACGGUGGCUCAUCGAGGACAGCUUCGUUUGAGUAAGGCGCAGAGCAAUCAUAGCAAACCGUUGAUCCGAUGGGAGCGAGAACGGCCACAGCCAGAAGCCAGAGCGACCAGUGAGGAAUUCCACGGUUUUCCUGAAAGUGAAAUCAUGAGAGGAAUAAAACGUAAACAUGUGGUCGAGAAUUCGACAGUGGGGGUGGAGAUGUCGCGGGAAACUGUCCUGCGGCGCUCUAAGAGGAUUAAACGACUCAAGAUUGAUGAUGAUUUUGUAUACAAAUAACGGCUAGGAUUAUAAGUUACGAUCUGAAUUUGUAAACUGGGAAUUUUGAAUUAUUAUAAAACAUGUAUAACAAAGCGAAGGUCAUAGAAUUCUUUCUAAGGGAGGAGAGCUGUGGUGUACACAUUUAGAGUGUAAGCGAGCGGGCGAAUUGCCGAACACUCCGUUUAACGAAAACGAUGUGAUCAUCGGUCGGGUGGUCGGUUAUACGAUGCUAUAUUAGCUGCAAAUAAAGCGAGGCAAGUCAGUCUCAGUUAGAACUUCAACAAGAGUGUUACCGUAUUAUCAAGAAGUGAAAGUUCCCCGAACAUCCGAAUUAAUCCCCCUGGGAAAACAU